AUCUUUUAUUUCACAUACUCAAUACGUUAAAAGAUUGACAUAUCAAUGUGCACCAUUAGCAUAAUCAGGCAACGAGUUCAAUUUAAUAUGGCUUACAGAAUAUGAUUAUGUAUUCUGAACGAUUUAAUACUUAAACGAUAAGGGUUAUAUGACAAGAUGGAUCUGCAAAAUUCAGUAAUUAAACGAAUCUUAAUUUUCGCCAUUUUAAACUUAUUUGUUAUUUAUACUCAAGGAAAGAGAUUUGUAAGCAACGGAACUAUAACAGGAACUAAGAUAUCUUCGUCAGGAGAAGUGUUUGUGACACACGGAAAUACAGUUGUUUCCCUUUCUGCAAAUCUUUCUGUUAUAGACAAUAUUCAAAUAGGUAUGACUGAGUUGUGUACGUACAAAGGAUAUUGUGUGCACAAGGAGAUUAAUAAAAUUUCGGCACUGGAUAUAGUGACCUCCUCAUCCGAGAAAACGACGUUGCUGUUGGCUUUAAAGUUAGGAAACGGGAACAUUUUUACUGUUUCAUCAUCUGAUAACAGUCUUAACGCAAACGUUGUGAAUGUUGACUUUGACGAGUUUUUUGACAAAGCAUCACAUUCGUUUGUAUUUCAAACUGGAAAAGAUUCAUGGAACGUAAUUUUUUGCGAAAUCAUUGAACCUUCACACAUCUCAUGGAAGGUCAAGUCUCUUUGCCGUAUAUGAGAUUGGAAAAAAUGUAUCAUACAGUAUUCGUCUUCUUGAUAUCUACAAAUUGCAGCCGUCAUUCAAAUUUGAUAUUCUAUACGAGUUCAAGAAUGGAUCAAACGCAUACUUUAUUGUGAAAUACUAUUCGGACCGAUACCCUCUAGAUUCGUACAUGUACUCCUUCAUCCGUUUAUCCCUCUCAGGGACUCUAAUAGAAUUACCGUUCCGAGUUACAAACGCAAACAUGUCAUUCGUUUGUGCAAACCUAUAUGACAAAAACGACACCGAUAAAACGCUACUUCUCCUAUACAAAGACGCCUCAAACCAUUCCAAUGAUUCUAUCCUUUACCAUGUUGCCCUCGGGAACAUAGACGAGGAGUUGGAUGAAGCUUUUCGGGGAUGCAGGGAAGGAGGGCGUGGGGCGUCUCUCUAUUGGCUAAAUCGGCCUACCAGCUGCCCUCCAGACACUGCAUGUCCUUGUUACCUCAUGACAAAUUACAGCAAAAUUUUAUCGGCCAAAAUCCUCAUUCUUGCUCCUUCUACCUAUCCAGUAUUUCUUGAGGGGGAUGUGCUUGCCAUGGUUGUAAGCGAGGAAACGCAAUACACGGUCAUUUUCUUCUUGUUUGAUUCAGGAGUCGUACAAAAGGUAAAAUACGGAUUGUUUUCGGACAUUCUGGCCACAAUAAAAGUUAAAGAUACGGAAUUGGAAACAAUGCUGGACGUCACAAACGCUGCCCUGUGGGUUUUUGCAGAAGGGCUGUAUGUCAGGUUUGGAAGACAGUUGAUCCUUUUGAACACAAGCACGUGCAACAUGCAUGGGGACGUUGUAAGCUGCAGACGGGAUACAAGUGCGUGUGUGUGGUGUAUGGACUCAGGGUCGUGCGUUCGAAUAGAGGAAUGUAGCGGUGACCAUAAAACCGACUCGGGAGAUCCUCCGAGAGCCUCAUCCAUUAUUCCUCAAACGUCCUCAUUGGUGCCUGGCUCUGUGUUCCGCAUACAUGGCGUUAAUUUGGACAUGACCAAAAUGAUUGCUAUUGCUAUCGAUGUGGCCGGUGAACAGUGCCAUGUUCAACGGGAGACGAUUAGUUCCAGUGAUUUCCUCUGUGUUUUACUGACUGGAGUUCAGACAACUGUAAAUACAAGUAUGAAUAUUGCCAUCGGCAAUGUAACCAAGACGUUCAUUUUGAAAGUAUCACCACCAGCUCAUCUGAAACACGGAGUUAUAACUGUAAUUCCAAGUGGCGGAAUUCAAGUUACAAUGCGUGGCAACAAUCUUACUAGUUUAGGAAUGGCCUAUAUCUUCUUUAAAACUGAAUCAGGAAAUAUUGUUUCUCAGAGUGGUGCCAUGUGUGAAGCAAGCACGAACACAAAUCUUCAUUGCUUUACACCCCAGUUGAUUGGUGGCAAUGGUUUGGAGAACUCAACGAUCUACAUAUCUCAAGAAUAUGUCCUUCGUACAAAUUUGUCACAUCUUGGUGACAUCAAUGAAUCACAUGACGAGAAGAGCCUUUAUGUGCAAGUGGUUGAAGAUCCAGUUGUAUUUGGUUUUGAAGGACUUGGACAGGUACAGAAUGUGUGCAAUCUACCAUGGCAUGAAGAUGCAGUCACAUUUGUACUCAAGGGAGAAGGACUACUGAAUGUCAAUAAAGAAGACAUCCGAGUAAAAGUGUAUAAAAUUGGUCAUGUGAACAUUUCCAAGGUAACGAAUGUGGAGUUGAACUGCUCAAUACACGCUGACGUGAUCUGGAACAAGUUAGGAAUCUUGUCGACACAAAGAAGUCAUUGGAUGAAUGUCAUGGUAGCAAUUGGAGACAAUCUAAUGUACCACCCUGGAAUCCUUCACCUUGACCCACGCAAACCAUUAAAUGCAAGUUCCACUGUUCCGACAGGAUCAAUCGGCUUAACCAACUCAACAAAGCAGUCACCCCGUGUCGGCUCAACAGUGAUUGCGGUCAUCACAGUGGUGGUUGGUGUAGUUGUUAUAGGAUGUAUAAGUAUAUUCAUCUACAGAAAGAUUUCGAAUCGCUCCCACAGAAACAUAUUUAGAGGACGGUUGGACAGGGACCGUCCCCCAAUUGUGAGCUAUAGCGGGGAGCGGGUGCAUUCAGAGGAUCCGAGCACACAGUAUAGUCACAGUCUCUCCAACAGAGAUAUUACCUUAGACGACCGGCCCCUUUCUGACGCAUUGGAAGAUUCUACUGCUAGCCUCCUUAAAAGGUUUGAAGAUGAAAGACUACUCAUCAAAAGGGAACUUUUGUGUUUGGAAAAACUCAUUGGAAAAGGUCACUUUGGCUCAGUGUACAAGGGUUCGAUGAUCAUUGAUGAUAUAAAAAGAAAAGUCGCUGUUAAAACUCUGCGUAAGAGUGAACAGACGGAGAUGAACGUUCCGCAAUUCCUGAAGGAAGCCUACGUGAUGAAGAAUUUUGACCACCCAAACGUCAUGUGUCUUUUGGCUAUUUGUUUAGAAAAGGAGGAAAUGCCUUUGAUUGCUAUGCCUUAUAUGAAGCACGGCGAUCUUUUGUCGUACCUUCAUGAUGAAACUCACAUUCCAACCGUUAAGGACUUGGUCUCGUUCGGCCUUGACAUUGCUAAGGGUAUGGAGUAUCUAGCACAGCUCAAGUUUGUACAUCGAGAUCUCGCCGCAAGAAAUUGUAUGCUAGACGAAAAUUACCAAGUAAAAGUCGCGGACUUCGGGUUGUCACGUGACAUUUACGAGAGCACCUACUACGCCACUCAAGCGAAGGGUGCCCAACUACCGGUCAAGUGGAUGGCAAUAGACAGUUUGUCCAGCGGCGUCUUCAACGAGAAGACUGAUGUGUGGUCGUUCGGCGUAACGCUGUGGGAGUUGAUGACUCGAGGUGUCCGUCCGUACUCCGUCGUAGACAACUGGGAUAUGGAGAAAUAUAUCAAGUCUGGUCGACGACUACCACAACCCAGAUACUCGCCAUUACCUUUAUACCGACUGAUGCGGAGAUGCUGGCUAGAGACACCGGUCAAGAGACCGUCAUUCGCAGAUAUCCGGCAGUGUAUCUCAGGCAUGUUAGAGCGUGUGCAGCUUCGUCUAGGAACAGUUGAGAACGAGGCAGAUAUCGGGGCAGUGUAUGUGAAACUGAAUAUGGGGUCGCAGUAUGUAUACGCUAAUCAGGAUAUGGAGGACAGCGUUGAUCAGAUUGACUCUGCUGAAGCAGUUGACGACUCUGAGAGACGUGAUAUGAAUGAAAUCAUUAAUGAUCUAUCUGAAACAUAAAUGCAUAUGCUUUUGUAGGACUUAUGACUUUUACUGGCUCUAUUACUUUUGACUUGCCCCCAUAGCACAAGAUGCUAAACUGAUCUACUUACCCUAUACUCUGUGGGCUCAAGGCACUUUCGGGAGUUGUAAUGGACUGCAUCAGUCCGUUUCAUUAACUUCAUGUUGAUAUGAUACUUUGCAGUAGCAUAUUAAUAUAUAUUACGUUAUCACGCGAAACGGUCCAAGUCAUGCCUAGAUUACGUAGCGCUAAAAAGGUUUAAGCAUACCUCAAAACUUCGCCAAAAACCUUGAACAUGAAUAUUUAUUCGAUUUUGGUAUUGAUUUAUUGUUAAAGUAAGUAUUCUUGACAGAAAAAUUGUUUUGGCUUUUGUACCUUCCACAACUUUCAAUGUUUAGUUUUUGUAAGCAUAAGCUCAUUUCAUUAGUUUAAAUACAUAUUUUUCACAGAAAACAUAUCGAUAAUUUCCCAUAUUGAUUGUAGUGUUAUCAUUUUCCUUUAUCUACAUUAUAUAUUUUAAUUGUUUAAUUAAGAUGCUCGCGAUAUAAAUAAGUGUUUUGAUGAAAAUGUUCAUGUCUAUUGGAUGUAUGUUAUUUGUAUAUGCUGAAUGUAUUCUAUAAUAAUUGUAUAUACCUGGAGAUUUUCAACAGUGUAGUACUACUGUAGGACAUAUCCCCGGUUCUAGGAUUCUUGAUGCAACAUAAAGAUCAAAUUUAUUCAAUGCUGUUUGAUCCAAAUACAUGUACGAAUGGUAACUUUAAUGCAAAACUACUAGUAGUAACAAACAUGUUCGUACUCAUAAAUUAAACUUACUACAUACAUAAUAGAAUUAUUCUUCUCAUAGCUUUAAUUUCAAAAGCACUGCAUCAAUUCAAUAUGACUUUCUAUUAGUUCGUACAAGUCCCACGAAAGGUUGGUGUAAGUAAAUCUAAGUCACAAUAAGCAGAUUGUUCCACGCCACAAUCAAGUCAUUAAUAGAACGCAGCUUAACGACGAAUUUAUCGAUAACAUGUUGGCAUUAAUUCCGAUUUAUUGUGAAAUCACAACCAGUGUGGUCAUUAACUUUUAUGUUCUUAAUGAUGGUUUCUCUAGUUUGACGAGGAUGAGCUGAAGAUGAUUUCAAACCAUGCAUUAAGAUUAUGCUAAACCAUAAUGGCACUAUCCUAUGGCUAAAUCUAAAAAAGAAAGCAUAUAGAAUCGGAAAUAUUCAUUUGUAGGGUAUAUAUUCGUUGUGAUGAUUCACCUAUUUAUACUAUUAUAAAUGUUGCUCUCUUUGAUCUUGUACAGAAUGACAUUAAUGACUUUAUGGAUUUAGGAGCUGUUCAUUUAGUCGGAUAAUUGAAAAGAAUAUUGUAUACUGAAAACAUUAUACUUACCAUGCACAGUUGGGUGUUGCGUGGUAAAGCCCUGAUUCAUAUAUACCAAGAUACCUGAAAAAUAUGUAUUAAGUAAUGUCACAAGGUACUUUAUCUUUGUAAAUCUACAGUUUUAGAAUUGCAAAAUUGAAAAUCUUACAAUGAUUUAAAGGGUAAAUAUACAUUUGCAAAUAGUAGAGAUGCUUCAACUAUUGAUAUAUGAAAAUGUGCCGAUACAAUAUGAAGGAAUGCGCUGUGGAUGAAGAUGAGUAAUAAGAAAUUCAAGGUAGAGUUCUACUUAUGAUUAAAGACUUUGUAUCAGAAGGAUAAGUCCUGUGUUAGAAAUCGUAAAAGCUAUAAUGAAUAUUUGGACAAUGCUACAGGACUGAGAUGAAGAGAAAUCGUGUAUGCUUUUAUUUUCUUAUUUGUAGAAGAUUUAGUGUUAUGAUGAUAUUAUACUUAUCUAAGUUUGGCAGUAAGAAUUAAGGAGUAAGAAUUAAUACCGAAACAAAGUAAAAUUAUUUUUUGCGGAACAGUGGAAGAGAAAUGAGAAAUUGACAUAUAAAGGGCGUGAUUUUGAAGUUGUUUUACAUAAUAAGGAAUUGUUUUCACUUACGCCUUACUUAAGUCUAAGAUAAUAUAUCACUGGUAACAGUUUGAAAGCCUUAAAUAUAUUGCUAAAUCAUUGUAAAACGUCUUAAUUUAAAACAACAAUACCAUGUCAACAGUUCCAUGUUUUUGUUAGUCCUGUUGUAUGUUGCUCUUCGUAUGAGGGGGGGGGGGGGGUACUAAACAUAAACAUAUAUAAUACACUUGAAAUUAUGUAAACGUGUUCUGAAUGUACGGAUCAGUAUAAGUUGCGUUGGUAUUUAUAGUGAGUUAGGAGGGUAUACGAUAUAUAUUGUAAAUUGGAUAAAAACUAUGAAAUAUCAAAUACAGAUAAUAUUAUAAUACAAUAUGAAUAUGAAUUAGCAGUAGAUUCUUGUAAAACGGUGCUAAAAAGCGGGUGUAUAAUAUGAAGAACUUGUUUAAUACAAAUUGUUAUAUAUAUGAAUGAUCCAUAGAGAGUGACUUAACAUUAUUUAUUAAGUAUGUUUAAGAAUAUACUGACCGAUAGUUUUGUACAAGAGUGGUCAACAUGUUUUAAGUCAAUAAAUGCUUUAUUUCUCUACAAAAAAGUAACGAGAGUUUUAUAUGAAAACUUAUAUGAUAUACUACAAAAAAAUCUUCAAACUUAUGAUAUUAGAUUACAAAUAUUUGCAAACUCUUUGCGUAUGCAUACAGGUAUGUAUAAAAGUUAUCGUAACGCUUUAUGAAGAAUUAUAUUAUGAAUGUUGCAAUACCAGAGAUUUAGAAGAUGAAUAUUAGUCAAUAUCUAUCUAUGCAUGCUAUAGUUGUUUUAGAAAGAGAGAUAUGGUUAGACCUUGUAUAUUAAAAUGUAUAGAGCUAGUGAAGACUGAAAUGAAACUAUACUUAGAAUACCUAGACUUUAUUGUAAGUGUUCUUUAAAUUGUCACAACAACAUUUUGAAUAUGUUACAAUUUAGUUAAACAUUCGGAAAUGUAUCAAAAUGUACAUAUGUUAUACAUUGUUUUAGAUAAAAUUGCAAACAGCUAGAGAGGCACUUUUCCCAUUUACGUGUUCUAUACUUGCAACCCUGUUUAUUGAGCUUUUUCACGAAAUAGCCGCGGUAAAUAUAAUAUAGAAAAUAACCAUAAACGAUCGCACUCGAAUGUUGUACAAAUUGUAGUUUAUAAUAAAUGUUGUAUUUACCAGUGUUUACAUAAUAAGAAGCUUUAAGAAAUAUACAACGACUAUUCGUACAUGUACAAAGUAUGUUUUUCAUUUCCCUUUGAAUUUUUAUUGUUAUUGUUCGGUAUGUUAACAGUUUAUAUGUCUGAUGUUGCUGAACGCCUGUCUCGUAAGCGUUAUUUAAUAAACUCCAUGUAUUAAGUGUCAUUAAGACAGAGUUUUCACUUAGUGAUUCUUUAAUUAUGCACGCAAAUACAUGAAAGAAAUAACGGCAUUUCAUAUGAUUAAAACACGUGUUUUGAAUAAAAGGUCGUAAGUAAACACAUGCAUGUGAUUCGAUAGUAAACUCUGGUGACCGGUAUCGCGAUGAUAACCUGCACUAAUAGUAAAGAUGCGGUACAGUAAGUUUACUGAUAUGAAGAGGGGUUUAAUCGAAAUUAGUUCAAUGAGGUCAUAAGAGAUAUAAGAUAGAAUAAAAAACGUAGUUGAAAAUAUGCUACAUCCUCGUUACAUUGAAACGUUUUUGUAAUGUGUUUAUGAAAAAGGUAUUUCUUUUUUUUCAAAUUACGCUCUAAUGUAUUGUUAUUUUGUAAAUUAUGUAUAUUGACGAUGUACUAUGUAAAUACCUAAAAUAAACACUUCUGUUUG